AUGGACCAGCAGGACCACUUUUCGUUGCCACAGAACACCUGCCUUAUUUCCGCCCCAACUCGCCGGGAUAUGGAUGCAGAACCGUCUCACCAUUCUACAGUGGAAGCUUGCCAAGCUUCUGUGAUGACCGCGAACCCUCCGACUGGAGUAACUCAUGCGCCAGUGCAGGCAACUACUGACUUAGUCCUCCCGUAUUUUUCUCCCGUGCCAUCCACCGUGCAAUUCGAGGUGCCAUUCGGGAUGCAGGGACAUUAUUUUGAGCAGGAGUUCCUGGAGCAAGCACUAGUUGGCACAGCCGAGGAGAUUUCGGUGAAGCAGGGGAACCACGAGCAGGAUGGCGAUGAUGAUGUGCUGGAGGAUAUUGGACAACUCCGCUUUUCCAUUGAUGACUACCCCGACCAUCCUAUCAUCACCUGGCCACAAGGGCCAUUGGCUAUUGAGAAAGGCUCUAUGGCUGAGCCGCUGUCUGUGAUCGGGCAGCACAUUUCCUCUAUCCCGGCCACCCAAACCGUUGCGCAAGCCAUAAAACUUAAGCUGAACUCCAAGACCCCGGGAGCUUCACCGCUACCUAAAUCCACGCAAGAUACUGUAUCUUCUCGCGUUGUGGAAUGGCGUUUCCAGUCGCUGUAUGAACCUCCCCCGCACUCCCGUCAGCGUGAUGCAGAUGCUACCUGA